AUGGAGUGUCUUGAAAAAGACAAACAGUUUCAAGAAUUUAAGAAAUAUACUGACAACAUAAAAUAUGAUUUUAAUGAUGUGAAAGAAGCUUAUGAAACUUUAUCACGUUCAAUCAAAAUGAUUAAAAAGGAAAGUGUAGAAAAUGAUAAAGCUACUAAGUUGUUCAAAGAAACUGACAUGGAAAAGCAGAUGGAAAUUAACAUUCAUUUGGACACAAUCGCAUCUUUGAAAAAGGAACUUGAGUUGAUGCGUAUUGAAAAAGAAAGAGUUGAUAAGAAAUUGAUCAGUUAUAUUUCUUCAUCUUAUAAAUCUCCAGAUGGGGUGGAAGCAGCUUUGAAUCUCAAGUUGGGAACUGUAGAGAAUGAGUUACCUGAAAACAUUGAUGUUACAUUUUCUCCAUCUGACACUGACAACGAGUCACAAGUGAUUAAAACUAUUGUUGAACAAGUGUUGGAUGAAGAAAGUGAUAACUCAGAUUUCGGUACAGUUAAAACUCAUUUGGAGAAUUCCAAUUCUGAUUCUGAAGAUGAUGGAAACUUUUUGGAUAAGUUCAUACCAAAAUCAGAUAAAGUUGUGAAUGAUGAUUCGAUCAUGGUGGCAUACACGAUGAGCAGAACUGACAGACUAUAUACUGAUUUUGAAUUUCCGAUUCAGAAUGCAAAAUUGGAAAAUGUUGAAAAAGUGUUCAAACUUGUGGAAAUUGAUAUUUCAGAAGUUAACAACAAUGCAUUUUUAUCAAAAUCGAAAAAAUCUUUUGUGAAACAACAACCAAACAACCCGGGAAAGAAAGAAUGGAUGGGUAACAAUGGUUACAACAAAAGACAUGGUAACAAUUCUAAAAAGAAAGGUGUCAGUUUUGAGAAGAAAAUGGCUAAAAAAGAGGUCAAGCCAAAAGAAAAGUUGAGCGAUGUAUUUGUUGCGGGAAAGAACACAGUUGCUGAAAAAGAUUAUAUCUUUAGUCAGAAAGCAGUUGACGAUUUCAAUGCAGCCAAAAAGUUGAAAGAUGAGACCAACAGAUCCACUUUUGUCGAAUAUGACAAAAGAGUCUGUUAUCACUGCAAUGAAAUUGGUCACAUGGCCAAACAGUGUGUUAAAGAGAUUGAAAAACCUGUUUUUCAGAAACCCAAACCUAAGAUUUCAAAUGAUGUUAAGGGUAAAACAACGAUGGUUCCCGUAGUGCGUAUUUUGAAACGCGAUGAAUCUUUGAAGUCCGAGGACAAGCCAAAAUCAACCUUUGAGAUUGGUGAAUCUUCGAAAACUCAAAAGACUUCAAAGGUUUAUCCUAAAACCAAGAUUUUUCCAAAUCAAUCAUGGGUGGAGAAACCUAAGCAAUCAUUUGAAGAAGAGAAAAUGAAAAAGGUUUUAAAAUCUGAGGUCGUUGUAACUAACAAUGAAAAAUUUGAGUUUGAAUUGAACAAACUGAUUGAAGAAUUUCCACCAAUCAAGGAGGAAACUCUAAAAUCAAAAUAUGUACCUGAAGUUCCAAAUGUUAUCUUUAAUCUUCUAAAAGUUGACCAAGUGGCUUGUGAUCUUGUAUUUGGGGCUUCCGAGGUCAUCAUCUCCAAGUGGAUCAUGGAUAGCGGCGCCUCAAGGCAUAUGACGGAAAUGUUAGCAUUGCUUUAUGAUGUCAAAUCAAUCAACAGAGGAUAUGUGGGAUUUGCAGGAACGCAGGGAGGAAGAAUCGUUCGUGAAGGAAUUCUUACCAAUGGAGUUGUAACGUUUGAUAAAGUGAACUACAUCAUUGAACUUGAAAACAAUCUGUUGAGCAUAUCGCAGAUUUGUGACAAGUCGUUCAUAGUUCAUUUUACAAAAAAUGAGUGUUUGAUCAUUAAACCAGGUUUUAAAAUUCCAGAAGAUAUGUUGUUGAUGCGAGCUCCUCGUGAAAACGAUUUGUAUGUUCUAGACAUGAGCGUCGCAACAACAUCAGACAAAAAGCCAAAAUGUUUUGUAACUAUAACAAAAGCAACUGAAAAGGAAUCAAGAAUGUGGCAUCGUAAGAUGGGUCACAUUCAUGUGAGAGAAAUGAAUUUCUUAGUUCACAAUGAUCUUGUUGAAGGAGUUAAUUUGAAACAUCUGAAUGAUGUUUGUGUAGAAUGCAAAAAGGGGAAGCAAAUGAAGAAUUCACAUCGAAAGAAGCUCUUGAACUCAAUCAUACUACCGCUAGAAAGACUCCACAUGGAUCGUUUUGGACCGGUACAUGAGAAGAGCGUAAGUGGAGAUCUGUACAGUCUUGUGCUAACUGACGACUAUACAAGAUUUUCAUGGGUGAUGUGUCUCUAA